AUGACAUCUCUCUAUGAUUCUCUGAGAAGAAAGCUAAAUAUGGAGGAAAGUCGAGUUGUUGAUAGUUCAUAUAUCUUGGUAAGCGAUCGAAAUAGUAAAUAGGGACUUGACGAGAAAUAUUUGAGUCCUUCAGUCAAUGACAUCGAUGGAUCAGCAUAUUCAUAGCAUUAAUCAAUAAAAGAAUUCUCAGUAAAUCUAAACUACCAACAGCCAUCUAAAGUCUCGAGCAGGGCUAACUUUUUCAAAGUAUUCAAGAUUGACGAAAACUCAAGAGAUUUUAAAACAAAUUUAUCAAAGCCAGCAUCUAAUGUAUCAAUUCGAGUUCCUUACAGCUCUUCUAAUAAAUACCUGCACUAUCAAUUCAGGCAAGCAAUAACUGAAAAGGAAUAGUUGUUUAUUAGAAACAGAAUGACCUAAAUACAAAAAGACAGCUGCGAAUGUGGGACUUAAACUGUAGGUCUGUCUUGCUAAGUAAGCAAGAGAGUUCUUGAAAUAGUUGUUGAUGAUAGAGAUAAGUGUAUACUGCAUAAGAAUGAGGAAAUCAGAUUUAUUGAUGCAGAUUCUAAUGAUCUUCUCUGCAUAUACUGUGCGCUCUAAUUAAAACAGACAAAUCCAUUUUCAAAUAUUAUAAGCACUAACGAAAAGCUAUAAGAUGUUAGUUAUGACCUAGAAGUUAACAGAAGAGGAUUAGACGAUGAAGCAGGCACUCUGAAAAGGCUAAAAGAAGAAUCAGAAAAGCUUAAAGACAUUCAAAUUUAAUCUAUUAAUCAGAAUUUCGACAAAUACAUCAGAAUAAUCAACAACCUUAGAGCUAAAGCGAUUGAAGAAAUUAAGUAGGUAUUUUCAGAAAAUGACUUUGUAAUUGAUAACUACUCCAAACUUCUGAGAGAUCAUGACUCUGAAUUGAAGGAAAUGAUGAGUCAGAUAUAGGAUCUUUAAAUCUUGGGAGACUAAUCUUAGAAGUUUACCUAGAUACUAAAAAUUCUUACUAAUUAAGACAUUAUGCAGAAAUCUAAAAGAUUUUCAAACGAAAUCUCUAACAUUAAACUGGUAAGAGGGGUGUUCACAAGAAACUCCAAUAAAAUCAACGAACUUUUAGCUGAAAUUGAAAAUUCCUUUAACAUAAUUAAGACUCCUUUGAGUCUGGAUGAAUUGUAAUAGUCAAGUCACAACUAGUCAAAUUUAACCAUGACGAAUAUCUACGAUAGCACAGUCAAGUUGAAUGAGCAUAUGAAUAUGUCUUCAAAUAUUAAUAUUUUCAAGACUAAUCCCCUGUACAUCAAUAACAAGAUAUAUAGUACAACAGAUGCUGUGUCUACAGUAACUACAUAAAGGAGAAGAUAGCAGUCAAAGAAUAAAGAUUACUUAACUAGACUAGAAGUUCUAAGUGAGGAUCUCAAGUCCUAUAAUCAGUAUUCGGAUUCAAAUCUACUUAGUGAAAAUGAAAACUAAACCCCAACAAUUAAUUCAAAUAAUGAUUAAGACAACUAGCAAGUCUUAACAAAAGAAGAUGAGCAAUUACAUGAAUACCUAGCCAGAUAAGAAAAAGAAUAUGAUUUAACCAUGAAGAAUCUUGACAAAAAGUUUGAUAGUCAGGAUCAAUUCAAUACCAGCUUAAACUUAAACAAAGAAACUUCAAAUAAAUUUGAAACUUACCGAGAUCAGUCUUGUGGUACCUAGAAUAUCAGCUAUAACAGGAAAAUGACAAACCACUCGGCAAUGCUAUAAUGA